CCAUUGGCGGAUGGUGAAGGGGGCGGGGCGGCGCGACCCCGGAUGUGAUUGAGCGUCGGCGGAGCGGAGUAGGGAGAGGAGCGAGGAUGCUGAUCAAAGUGAAGACGCUGACUGGGAAGGAGAUUGAGAUCGACAUUGAGCCCACUGACAAGGUGGAGAGGAUCAAAGAGCGAGUGGAGGAGAAAGAGGGGAUCCCCCCACAGCAACAGCGCCUCAUCUACAGCGGCAAACAGAUGAACGAUGAGAAGACAGCAGCAGACUACAAGAUACAAGGAGGCUCCGUACUGCACCUGGUCCUAGCCUUGAGAGGAGGGUUUCUAUGACCCACAUUGAACACCGCGGAGAGGAGGGGAGGGGGGGGAGGUAACGCAUCCCCCACCUGGCACGCCCCCCCUCCCUCCCCCCCCCCCCCCCCCCCCACCCUCCCUCUGCGCUAAACCCCACUCGCCAGAAAAAGUCGGCGUUUAGAACUAUUCUUCGUUCAGUCAAUGUGCGUUGACAUUUAUUUCCCCCUCACCACGUUAUAUACACGCGCGCCCACCUUUUUCUCUCUCCCCCCCCCCCCCCCCCCCGAGAGCCUUGGAGCGCGUUCAGCUUCACCCCUCGUCCCACCCCCCUCCCCCCUCCUAUCAGAAUGCAUAGGGAGGUUUGUUAAGGGGGGUGGGCAGUAGUAUUUUCACCUGGGGGGGGGGGGGGUGGGGUGGGGGCAAGGGAUAACAAACAUUAAACUGACUGUGUUGUGCUUCCUUGAUUCUGCCAUCUUGUUGCAUUUCAUUCAAUGAUAGUCGAUGGUGCUUCUUAUUGUCACAAAUGUUAAUUGUUAACACAGGGAAUUUAUUUUCUGUCCCGUUACUUGUCACGUGUACCGAGGUACGGUGGAAAGCUUUUUGAACUGGACUCGCAGCACCGGAGACCCAAGUUCGAUCCGGGAUAGCGAGCAACAAAAAGCUUUUCACUGAUUUGAGGAAGGACAUUCCCCAAAUUUGAGGAAGGACAUUCUUGCUAUUGAGGGAGCCCAGCGUAGGUUCACCAGGUUAAUUCCCGGGAUGGCGGGAUUGUCAUAUGCUGAGAGAAUGGAGCGGCUGGGCUUGUACACUCUGGAGUUUAGAAGGAUGAGAGGGUAUCUCAUUGAAACAUAUAAGAUUGUUAAGGGCUUGGUCACGCUAGAGGCAGGAAACAUGUUCCCGAUGUUGGGGGAGUCCAGAACCAGGGGCUACACAGUUUAAGAAUAAGGAGCAAGCCAUUUUGAACGGAGACAAGGAAACACUUUUUCUCACAGAGAGUGGUGAGUCUGUGGAAUUCUCUGCCUCAGGGCGGUGGAGGCCGGUUCUCUGGAUGGUUUCAAGAGAGAGCUAGAUAGGGCUCUUAAAAAUAGCGGAGUCAGGAGAUAUGGAGAGAAGGCAGGAACGGGGUACUGAUUGGGGAUGAUCAGCCAUGAUCACGUUGAAUGGCGGUGCUGGCUCGAAGGGCCGAAUGGCCGACUCCUACACCUAUUGUCUAUUGUCACUGUACUUCAGUACACGUGACAGUAAACCAGACUGAACUGGUCUGGUGGACGAGCAGGGGCCGGAAAGACUGUGGCCGUUUCCCCCCCCCACCCCCCAGGCCGGCCAUCCGCCGGGUCCCGCGGACACCAUCGGCAACUUCCUCCUGCAGGCCGCCAUCUAUCGUGUCUCCCGUUCGACCACGUGAUUCAGCGGUGCGUUUAAUGUCGCAUGUACAAAGUCCGAGGAAGCGUCCAGAGGAGAUUUACGAGAAUGAUCCCAGGAAUGAGUGGGCUAACAUAUGGUGAGCGUUUGAUGGAACUGGGCCUGUACUCGCUGGAGUUUAGAACGAUGGGAGUGGGAAGGGGGGGGGGGGGGGGGGGGGGGGACCUCAUAGAGAUUUAGCGAAUAGUGAAACUCCUGGAUAGAGUGGAUGUGGACAGGAUGUUUCCACUAGUGGGAGAGUCAAGGACCGGAGCCUCAGUGUAAAAGGACGUUCCUUUCGGAAGGAGAUGAGGGGGAAUUUCUUUAUUCACAGGGUGGUGAAUCGAAUUCAUUGCCACAGACAGCUGUGGAGGCCAAGUCGAUGGAUAUUUUUGGCAGAGAGAUAGAUUCUCGAUUAGUACGGGUAUCAGGGGUUAUAUGGGGAGAAGGCAGGAGAAUGGGGUCAGGAGGGAGAGCCCCAUCGCCCGGUGGGGUAACAACAUCGGAGGCCUGGAUCGCCUCAGCGCAGAGGGAGAAUAAGGAGGGGAAGAGAGAGUGACUUUAAGACUUUUGCCUCCAUCACAGUGAGGAGGUGCCUGGUGAACUCACUGUGGUGGAAGUUAAGUUGUGUUUAUUGUGUGUUUUGUUGUUUAUUAUUAUAUGUAUGACUGCAGGCAACAAAAUUUUGUUCAGACCAAAAGGUCUGAAUGACAAAUAAAGGAAUCUAAUCUAAUCUAAUCUAAGAAUGGCGGAGUAGACUUGAUGGGCCGAAUGGCCUAAUUCUUCUCCUAUCACCAUAAGCAAAUAAUUUUCUUACAGUUAUAGAGUAAAAUAGUCAUACAGCGUGGAAACAGGCCC